CAAGGCUUUCAAAUUUGCGCUAUUCGCGCUCUGUUUACCAACAAACUGCGUUCGGCGCUUAAAUAGCAGCUGUUCAGCAAUGAUGAAUUAUUUUCCCAACUAUUAUUCAAUUGAGGACAUUUUUGUCACCCAAGAGAAGGUCGAGUGCAAAGUCAACACCCGUCUACAGCGGCUGGGCUUCCUAGAUGCCGGUGCUGAAACGGAGGACCUGGAGCCCGGCCGAACGAUCAAUCUUCCACUGUGGUACAUCAAGGAGCUGAAAGUGAACAAUGCGUACUUCACAAUAGGCGUGCCGGACAUCUACAAGAAUGUGCACAAGGCCGUUUGCGAGGCAGAGACAACACACAUUGAACUGGGUCGACUGCAUCCAUAUUUCUAUGAGUUUGGUCGCUAUCUAACACCUUACGAUCGCAACCAUGUGAUUGGCCGCAUCAUAUUUGAGACGCUGCGCCAGCGUGUGCGCCAUUUGUUGGACAUAUCGAAGAACGAUGGUGAGAGCAAGCGCGAGCAUCGACUCGACAGCAUCGAGAGCAAGCUCCACGAAGCGGGUCUGCGCACCAAUACCCAGUACAUCAACUGGCUGCAGAUGAGCGGCAAUCACAUACGCAUCUCCCAGCUCGUCGAGGAGCAUCAGAAGAAACGCAAACGAGCCGAACGCAGCGACGACGAAGGCGGCGAUGAAACGGACACGCCCACUAGCAAAAAACGCAGCACAAUGUAAACAAGAUGUGAUAAUAGAGACAUCGAAAAAAAACACACACACUUUAUUUAUGUUUCACUUUAAGCGUAUUUGUAAAAAAGAAAUCUAUAAACUAAUUGGGGAAAAUCCAAGAAGUAUACAAAAAAUAACAAAUUAAAAGGGGGACAACAACAAAAAUGAUUUCAUAAAUUCGACUUGCCGAAAAUUGUAUAGCUCGAUAGAUUCCGAGAGAUAAGAUAAUGGAAGCAUUUCAAACAAAAAUGCUAAUCUACUUCUCUAGACAAUUCUACACUUAAAUUGUACAAUAUAUAAUUCACAUAAAAAUAAUGUUCAUGUCUUAAUUACAAUUUUAAAACAGAGCUGAAAAAUCCGAUUUCAUUUAGAUGGAUUCAUAGUUCGUAAUUCAAUAUUUAUAAACACAUACAUAUACAUAUGUAAAAAGUCUAUUCAGAUUUCCAGAUUUUCGGCUAGAUAGAUUUUGGGAUUUUUGUUUGUUUUGUUUUUCGUUUUCUAACCCCCAGUGUGGUAAAUACGUACAACAACCAUAUUGUUUAUAAUAACAUCCAUAUUUGUGGCAACCAAUUAAGUUUUCAUCUUAGUUAUUUAAGCAGUUUUCGAAUGACUUUUGUAAAUAUUUUCAUACAUUUCACUGUCGUCACACACACAAAAAAACAAAAGUAAAAU